UUGGUAGCCGCAUAUUCGCCGCCUGUGGAACUAUCCGAUCUGGAUAAGCCAAUACCAAUUGUUGCCAUUGACGGUGUAAUCGGAAACAAAGUGCAGCUCCCUUGUGACAUUCGUUCCAUCAAUAACGAUGAAAUCAGCAUGGUGCUUUGGUACAAAGAAGGCAGAGAUGAACCGAUUUACAGCUUCGACGUUCGCGGCCGUCGGCAAUACAGCAACGCCCGUCUUUGGUCGUCGCCCUCGGCAUUGGGACCAAGAGCUUUUUUCGUUACGGCGACGAAUCCAGCUCACCUCAGCAUUGAUCGGCUAGAGAGCACUGAUGAGGGGAUCUAUCGGUGCCGGGUGGACUUCAGAAACUCGCCGACACGGAAACAAAGGAUGAACUUAACCGUUAUAGUGCCUCCAUCGAAGCCUAUAAUAUUGGAUGGGGCGACGAAAGCUAUUUGGGGCCUCGAGGAGCGGUACAACGAGGGGAGCGACGUGAACUUGAUUUGCGAGGUUCGUGGUGGCAAGCCGCCCCCAAAGCUGACGUGGUAUCUCGACAAUACCGUGAUAGACGAGUCCUAUCACUAUGAUACCCAGGGCAGGUUAACGGUUAACCACUUGGCGUAUCCGAAAAUUGGGCGACAACACCUCCAGGCGAGGCUGAUAUGUCAGGCCAGCAAUACGAACUUGGUGCCACCACAAACCAGAUUACUCGUCCUCGAAAUGAAUCUAAAACCAUUGGUUGUUCAAAUCCUGACGAAGGAAACGAGAGUAUCAGCCGAUAAAAAUUACGAUGUGGAAUGUCGAUCGAGCGGUUCACGACCAAAUGCGGUGAUUACUUGGUGGAAAGCAAACAAGCCAAUCAUUAAUAAGGAGAUUAACAAUUAUCCGAUUCAGAACAAUCAGAGUUUGAGCAUCCUCAGUUUCAUACCAACUAUAGAGGACGAUGGUAAAUAUUUGACAUGCCGCGCGGAAAAUCCUGCUAUACCAGACAGCGCGUUGGAGGACAAGUGGCGGCUUGACGUACAAUACCAACCGGUGGUCAGCUUAAGAAUGGGCGAAACGCUGAAUCCAGAUGACAUCAAAGAGGGCGACGACGUGUACUUCGAGUGUAUAGUGCGAGCAAACCCGAAGGUGUACAAGCUCGCCUGGUUCAAAGAUGGCAAAGAAUUGAAGAAUAAUUCUACAGCAGGUGUAGUUCUUAGCGAUCACUCUUUGGUACUCCAAGGAUUGACUCGUUACUCUGCCGGCGCUUACACUUGUCUUGCAGCCAACAGCGAGGGAAAGACGGCCAGUAAUCCGGUAUCUCUCCAGAUAAUGUAUGCGCCGGUGUGCAAGGAAGGCAAAAGUGAGGUGGUAGUUGGCGCUUUGAAACAAGAGACGGUAUCGUUAGUGUGUUCCGUGGAGAGCCAUCCGGCGCCAUUGACUUUCCAUUGGACAUUUAAUAAUUCCGGCGAACUCGUCGAGGUUCCACAUUCACGUUACUCUCACGUAUCGGCGUCCGGCACACCAGACGGGCAGAAAGAGUACCAGCAGUUUCGUGGAUUUAGACUGAACUAUACACCAACUACGGAAAUGGAUUACGGUACAGUGGCAUGCUGGGCGAGCAACCAGGUUGGCAAGCAACGAACACCUUGCCUUUUUCAGGUUAUAGCCGCGGGCCGACCAUACGCUCUUCACAAUUGCAGUGCUACGGAAAUGUCAGCGCCUCUGGAUAUGGAGGAACUUGGUACAAAAUCGGGAACAGGGCUGGUAGUUCGAUGUCUGGAGGGCUACGAUGGAGGUCUUCCGAUACAUAGUUAUCAGCUGGAAGUCGUAUCUGAUGAGGACGGAGGUCCGAUUCUCUUAAAUAAAACCGUGCCGGCAGGCCCCAAUGGACCGACUUUCGAAGUCGCAGGACUAACAACAGGAAAAAGCUAUCGACUUUUCCUAUACGCGAUUAAUGCAAAGGGGAGAAGUGAACCUGCCAUACUUGAGCCGGUAACCCUGAAGGGUGUUGCUAUGUACACGACUGGCAACACCGAUGCAUCGAUGCUGAAUCCGUUGUUGCUGGGCUUGGCAGCCAUGGCGACCCUUUUGGCCCUGGCCGUUGCUGGAAUUCUAGCGGCGCUCUAUCGGAAGCACUCCACCGGCCGACCCGGAAGUCCAAAGCACGCUCCCAUCGUAUGCGAGCCGCCUAAUGCAGGUGCAACCACCCCGGUGCACCCUCAGACCAAGCAGGCGGUCGAUGACAUCGAUCCGGACAUCAUACCUAACGAGUAUGAGAGAAGACCCCUAACAUAUACCCCCGUCUAUAAGACACCGCCACAACGAAGAAAGAAAGAUCGCGCCACCGAUGAAGAUGCCUCGCCAGAGAAAAGGCCGAUCGUUCAGCACGGUCUGGAUCUGCCUCCGGAUCCGAUGUUGACUGACUGUCUGCCAACGCCUACCAUAAAUUAUCCGCAAAAUCACGUGUCUCAGCAAAGCGCUUACAAUCAUCCGCCCACGAUGGCUGAUUUUAAGCAGAUGGCGAUGGACGCCUACAAUCAGCGUAACAACCAAAACAUAUAUUAUAGCCUUCAGAGGACGAGCAAAGGACUCUCAUCGAUGCCUCAGAGGCCCGUUUCAUCGUCGAUCUCCGCGCAAGGCAAAUUCCAUCAACCUGAAGUGGUGACACGCUCGAAUCGGAUACAGGAGAGCUGUAUAUAAGUUCGAAGGGUUUCCCUGCGGGAUCAACCUCGUGAGCUUCUAAGAUGCCGCCGGCGAUUAUAUUUACACGUGUAAAUGUAACGAGUAGGAGCGGAGAGCAGCGUAGAGAUCCGUGGAUCCCCGAGACGCGAGCACGAAGUCUAACGCGGUAUCUUCCCAUAAUUAGUACACGAGUUUCGAACCACUCCGCGAAACACACUUAACGUUUACUGUACAAAACCAUAGAGAGGCUGAUGGUGUGUUCCAGAUCGUAUUGAUGGGAACGCGGUCUCUUCUCGAGAUUACAUUAUGUCGAUGCCGCCGGGGACGGCGCUACAUUUUCAUAUAUAAUUUUACGGGGAAGACGAGGUGAAAUGACAUUAGCAAGUUAGAGAGGUACCCGUACAUGUCCAAAAAUAUUUCUUUACUGCCAUACUGAGGUAUAAACGGUAUAUCGUAACGUACAAAGAGUCUAACCCCCCUAAAAGUAGUUAAUGUCAAUAAGGGAAAUGAGGCUGGGUCAAAGCGAGCUGAAGAAAAUUUUAAUGGCGCUUUAUAUUUUAUUCAUAUACUUCCAAUUUUCAAGUCGCGCAUGACGCGAAAAAUGACGUCUUUAUAUAUAGAUCUUAACAUAUUAAUUCUUUUGAAACUUUUACAAUCUAUUAAAAUUACUUUCAAGUAGAUGCCCUUACAGCAAUUGUAAGGCAAUACGAUCGAGAAUAUUAUUUUUUCGAUCAAAGCUUAUUCUCCAGCCUUAUCCUUAAAAUACUAACGAUAUUAAUGUGAUCGUAUUCGAAGCUCAUCACUGCUCAUGUUUUUCGUACGCAAAAUUUUUAUAACAACUCAGACAGAAAAUAAAUUCGUUCAAAAGACUUCGCCGAACUCGAGAGAAUUUCUUAAGGAGCGACGUCUUCGUUCCCGAUCACUGAUGCGGCACACGAACGUGGAUUUUACUGUUUAUAUGGAACUAGUUUUUGUACAAAGAUCUAUUGUAAAUAGACACGAACCUGGCCCUAGAAUUAUAGUCACUAAUGUCCGAAUUUCAU